AUGGACGACCAUGAGAUCACACUGGAUGGCGUCAUGGAGCAGAUCAGAAGCCUCGUCGACAGGCUGCUAUUGGAGCAAGAGAGAGCGACGCUCAGAUCAUUGCGUUUGGAGGAGCCCCUGAGACCUCCAUCGCGGGACACGUCCAAGGACAGGAGGUCAACGCCAUCUUCACCUGUGGCGUUAUCUCCGCCGUCGCCUCCUGCAUUGCCACCAAAUUUCGUCAUGCUCCCUCUCGACGAGCAGGAUGUACCCGAGCCUGCCCUUCCGGACGAGCAGCCCGCUGAGAUGAAGACGAAGACGAAGCCGGCCUCCAUCAGGUCCCAUGGCUCCGAUCAGAAGAAGGAUUCUUGCAGUGACAAGAGAUUCAGCUCCUUCGGUACCGACGGAGGGGAGGUGAACCCAAAGGCGUCCUCGCAGUCCGGCGAGUCCCGGCAAAGAGCAAAUUCCGGCAAUCUGCCCACGAGGCCAAGGACCAACACGUCAACGGUGUCGGUGUCGCACCCACCACAAGAAGAAAACCCAAGCGAGGAGCAACGCGACCUGAGUCGAAAGCGCACACGGAAGCUGAGCGUCAAUUUUUCGAGGCCUUUGAAGAUGGAACCCGAGGUGACCGACACUGCGGUGCGCUUCCAGCUGCACAAGAACUGGAACACAUGUGAGGCGGUCGGAACUAUCAAGCUCUCGCCGCGGCCGAUGCAAACUGUUUUGGUGCCGAAAAUUCAGCGCGCAUGGACAAAGCAGUUUGUCCAAGCCUGGGCUCUCAUUGCAGUUCUGCUGAUCCUCCGCGAUUGCUUUGCAAUCCCUUUGAUGUCCUUCAGCACCGAUUUGACGUUCUGGUUCAUCGAUGUGAGCGCCGCCAUGUUUUGGGUGCUCAACAUCUUGGUCUCAAUCUACAUGGCACGGUAUCGAAACACCAUCUGGCACUGGUUCUUGGCGCAGACGCUCCUCGAAGUCAUCCUCGUGACCCCGACUUUUCUGGACUUGAUCAAUCCUGGGUCGUCCACGAUGCAGGCCGUUCUGAGAGGGCUACAGCUCCUCCGUGUCCUGCAGAUCCCGACCUGGUAUCACAUCACAGGCUUCGAGAGCACUGUGCGGGAAUGGCUUCGCCACCGCAGCCGUGAAUUCCGCGCCUUUUGGAACGUUCUGUGGCUUGGGAUUUGGGGCAGCCUCUUCCUGCACUGCUUAACCUGCGUCUGGUUCGCUGCCGGAAACUAUCCAGGUCGUUGGGUGUACAGCAGAGGCAUGGAAGAGGACAGCUGGGACUAUCAGUACCGCAUCAGCCUGGAGUGGGCUAUGGCCCGGCUCCCCCCUUCACGGAUGACCGAGAACAUGCAACUCGAAUCUUCCACAGAGAAGAUGGUCUCCCUGAUGGGGACCGGGCUGACCAUGCUCUUCGGGUCAAUCUUCACCUCCAUCGUCACCAACGACAUAUCAGACAUUCGUCGCCAGCGAAGGCAGCAAAGAGAAGCUGAGUACCAGGUGUCCGACUACUUGGGCAUGAAUCCCGUAAGUUGGGAUCUGCAGGUGCAGCUCAGCGAGUACUUGCAACGGAACAGGACGAGGAUACAAAGGCCGUCCAAGAAGGAAAUGAGAGCGGUGCUCCCUCAAUUUUUGUAUCGCGAGCUCUGUCGCGAAGCCCUUGGGCCCAUCUUCGCUGACCACCGCUUCCUCGAGAAUCUGCUCAGAAAGCACUCUGCGCUGCAGUAUGAGCUCUGUGCCAACUGCUUGGAAGAAGUGCGCAUGGUUCCGGAGGAGACAAUCUUCCAUCCGGGCCCUAUUUGCGACAACAUGCUUUUCCUGGCUAGCGGCCAUAUCCUGUACUGGCGGCAGUCUGACGGGGUGGGAACAUCGGAGCAACUUCUCAGCGUCCAGAAGAGGGAGAAGAACUUCAAGGCCGUGGUUCCUGCCGGCGCCCAAUCCAUGGUGCAGGAGCUGACGGCCGGAGACUGGAUGUGCGAGCCCUGCUUGUGGACCACCUGGGUCUACGUGGGUAAGGCUGUGGCGGGUUUGGACACUUCUCUCGUGGGGCUGUGCCACAGCAACCUUUUUGGCGCAGUGUCACUCCACAAGUCCGCAGUCUCUGAGCUUGUGAUGUACGCGAGGCGCUUUGUAUCCGAGCUGAACGACGUUUGCGACGAUGAUCUGACUGAUGUACAGAUUCUGAAGGGCAGUCAGGCUUUCCACCUCGAGGAAGUCGACUGA